CGCACGAAACAUUCAAAACAAAAGCAAAAAGAACCGAACAACGUGCUGUGUAUGUACGUUUUAUUUUCCAAAAACAUACGAAGGUAUGAGCAAGAUAGAGCGAAAAGCAGUUAAACGAGUUGAAAGCUUCCAUUGCAUUAGUCAGUAACGUUGGCAAGAAGUUUCAAUCGAGACGUGUUUCCGAAGGCUUAAGAAGUUUUUUUUAAAUUUUUUUGCAUUAUUAUUUUCCAAAAUAACAAAAAAUAAAGUUUAUAAUUUUAUUUGGCAGAAAAGAAUUUCAUACACAAGCCCUAAAUGUUUAUAAACUGUGCAUUUGUGGAAUAUUUCACAUGGAAAAAAGAAUAAAAUUCUUGAAUGACUUCAAAAUAGAAAUUUAAUUUGUUUAAAAAAAGGUGGUUUUCUUGUAUUUAGUGGGCAAUGAAGAGAAUGGAGGAAAGAGAAAAAGUUCAAGUACAUUGAAAUCAAAUCGCGAUUCUUUUUCGUCUCACAACACAAAUACACUCAAAUGGUGGAUGUUGAUGAAGAAGAAGUUGUGAUCUUAAGAAAAGUGUAAGAAUGAAGUUUGUGGUUUUGUGGCAGUGAGGAAUUAUAACGCAUUUAUUGUGUCAAUAUUAGCUGAGUAAAUGUUGUAGACAAUCUGUGGAUAAAUAUUCAAUUUGUUAUGUGCGAAGCCGGUGUUGAUGAUUUUUGGAAUUGCUUGAUCCAUGACAUAGCUUUUGAGCCAGAUUAUCAAAUCAACUAAGCUUUGGCUAGUGAAUUAUUCUGCUCAGGAACUUAAGUUAAAGAUUUAAAUGUUAUAGCUGGCUAAAGCUUCAAAAGGCUGACGUAUAUUAAUUCUAUGCAAAAGUUAAACAUUAUGAAAUGCAAGCGACUCAUGAUACACAAAUGUUUUACGCAAUAAAGUGCAGCUGACUAUUCUGCACCCAAUAAUUAUCUCAACCAAAUUAAAAAUGGUAUAAAUCCCGUGAAAUGCACGUUUUAAAAUUCUUUCAUGACUCAAUAAUGCUCAAUGUUCGUGAUGAGCAAAUAAAAGGAAAAAGUGCAUGUAGCAGUGAUGGAAUUAUAUGCUAAUGAAAACCAAGUUUAUGUGUAGUUCAUGAAGCCCGUAAAAAAACCGAGUAAAAAAAUCAAUUUAGAUUUAAUUUUGGAACUAAUUUUUUGUUUCGUGUGUAUGUAACGGAACACGGGAAUUUCAUUCAGUAGAAAAAAAAAUGUUUUGUUAUUAUUGCAUGACGAUGUAAAAGUUAAACAAAAGUAAGUUACGACCUGGAUAGAUAAGAACGUGUUGAAGUAAAUUAUUAUAUAAGAAAAUAUUUAUUUGAGGACAUAAUAAACUAUGAACAUCAAUAAGUGCAUUAAAAACUUAUUAAAUUAAAGCUAUGGAAAGUUUAAUAGAAGUGAACCGCAGUCAUAAAAGUGAUAAUCAUGGAAUAUCGCAGAUGUCUAUUAAUUACCCCCAUUCGUCCCAACUGCAUGCAUAUGAUGCACUUGCAGCUACAAAAAAAUAUGAAAAACAGUUUAGAAGAUGUAAGAGCUGUUCUGACAUUGAAAAGCAAACAAAAAUCGAUAUUAAUAUGGGAAGUAGGGUCAGUCGAUCUCAAAGUUGCGAUAACGUGAUGGUAAACAGUGUCAGUUUUGUGUAUGAGCCACUUAAUAGAAAAAAUUUGCUAGUCAAUCAAGACAUAGUAUCAGAUAAUGAUGACAGUGAUGAUUAUAAGCUUUUGGAUAGCUCAUCAGAUGACGAGAGUGACAAUAAUGAAUUUUCUAAUGUGAAAUUAAAUAUUUCUAAUAAUGAUGAUUGCCAUGAGUGUCCCAUUAAAGACUCAAAUGACAUUAACGAUGAUUCUAUUGAUGAUGACGACAACAACGGUUCUUAUGAGAGAACAACAAACACCAACAAAAGUAUGUUGUCGAUUAAUUGUGAUGGUCAACAACAUGACAAUACGGAUGAAAAUAGCUGUACUAUUAUUACAAAAUCAACAAAUGGGCACACGCUACAAUUAAAUGUCAAUGAGACCGCACCAAGUAGUAGCAGCAAUGACAAUUGUUCUCUUAUCACAAAAUUUUCUACAUUACCGCGUAUAAAGUCGCACGAAAAUAAUGUUCAUAAUGAGAAUUGUGUUAGGAGAUCAUGUAAAGUCACAAGAAAACGAACGGAUGUCUUAAACGAAAGGGAAAUUGAGGAAGUUAGGAAACCAGUGAAAUUAGAAAAUGUAAAUAAUAAUAAUGAUUGUGAGUGUAGCACCAGCAGUAGCAGCAUAAUGUUGAAUAUUCAAGAAAACAAUACACACCACGACAAUGUCAUUAAUGAAAUACAAAAAAGUGAUAAAAUAAACGAGUCGUUAUUCCAUUGCACGACUUUACCGAAGGCAAGGUCACGAAUGAGUGAACCGCCACAUUUUCGACACAGCCUAAGGCAUUCUAUCGAUUCAGAACGUCCAAGAAAGUGUUUGAGUGAGUGUAAUGCUUCAGGAAUUGAAACAACUGUCGUGAAUUGUGAUGAAUCAACAUCUGGCACGGCAGCAGACAGCACAAGAGCUGUGAAAAGAUCGCGUAGUAAUUUAUCAUGGCUACGGAAGUCAAUGAAAAAAUUAAAUCCAUUUCAAAUGCCGCAAGAAAUUGAAUCACCAUUAAAUAAUACGAUACCGCCAUCAACGUCACAUGACAUAAAUCCUACUAAUGCUGUCUCCAGUGAAUGCGAAAAGGAAAAUUUUCCCCAAGAAAAUCAAUUUGAGAAUGGAAGUGAAUGUAGGACGGUUUUAAACAAUGAAAAUAUUCCGCAAGUCAAUGGAGCUACUCCCGAGAACUCAAACAUGACUGAUAUCUUCAACGUUGUCUUAUUGGAACAGCAACAACAAGGAAUGAAUGAUAGUCGUCCGCGACAAUAUGGAAGAAGAUCAAAUCCAGUACGCAUUUCGUCUCUAGCGGCUGAUUCACUCAACCAUUCAGCAGCUAGAAUAAUUGCACACCAUCAUCAGCAACAACGACCAAAUAGUGCCCCAGUUGUGAAUCGAACUCCAUCACAAAGAAAUGCUCAUCGGCCUAGACAGAGUCUUCCAUCAGAGCAAAGUUCAUUGGCAUCAUCACGAAAUUCUAGUCCUGUAUCGAUGGUCUCAAGUACUGGCUCGAGCUCAAUACCCGAUGUUAUAAAUACAAUACAUGACAUUCAUCCACGAUUUACAACCACGGGUGCAUCGACGAAUAAUUCUGAGGAUGAUGAAAGAGAUCAAAAUGAUAAUUCAAGUGAAUCAAAGUCAACGUGGCCUUACUUAAUAAGUCGUCCAAUAACAUGUCUAUUUUGUACAUUGGGAUUAUUCAAUAUUUCGCGAUUUGCAAUAUUUUCUGUGCAUUUUGGAGCUAAUUUUCUCGUUCAAUUUCUGUUGCUGUCAUUCAUUUUUGGCAUACCAUUUUUAUGGCUACAAAUUGUUUUAGGACACAAGAUUAAAGGAGGCAUAGUGACACUGUUUAAAAUCACACCAAUUUGUGUAGGCAUUGGCAUUGCAUUGAUGAUAGUACACUGCAUUAUCAGUCUCUAUUCAAGCGUCAGCAUUGCCUGGGUAUUAAUCUAUUUAAGAGACUCAAUGAUCUCAUCAGACGAGCAUUAUUUGUGGGAGGAGAGAUUCGACUCAUAUCGAGGCUAUCAAAACAUUUCAGCUUUACGUUUAUCAGAAAACAUUGCAGAUUAUUUUAAUGGCGUGGUGCUGCAAAGAUUGUCUGGCGUUGCUAAUACCCCCGAUGGAAAAAUGAGACUUCAGCUGGCAUUCAACGUCUCAAUUGUGUGGAUUUUGGUGUUUGUUGUGCUGAGUCGGGGAAUAAAGUCACUUGGAAAGAUCAUGAUUGGAAUGUGUUUAGUUUGCUUCUUGGGUCUGGCAGCUGUCUGUAUUAAAUUUUUAACUUUAUUGAACUUCGAGACUGUUCAGGAUAUAUUUCCUGCUACUGAUUGGCAAGAAUUUUUUGCCAACUCGCAUAGUUGGUCAGUCGCAGCACAAGAAGUCUUUUUGACGUGGGGGAUACAAGGCGUUUCAAUUUAUGCAAUGUACUGUAAAUCUGGAAAAAAUCAAAGGCUGAAUAAUUACAUUCUGCGAAGAGAGGCACUGCUGAUUGUAUUUCUGACUCUUUUUGGUCUUUUUCUUGGGGGUGUAUUAGGAUCAACAUGCAUAAUUAUUCUUAAAUUAAAUGGAUUUAAUUACUUUCCAGCGUCAUUUGAAAAUCCAAAAAAUGACAUCUUCUUAUGGCCCGUGCAUUACGCCUCAUUACCAAGUUUUCAUCACUCAAUACCAUCAAAAUGGAUUACACGCUACUCAAAUGUCGUCGGAGAAUGUUCAGAGAGGCCAAUUUUUGUGAAUCAACAAGGACAGCAGAUUUACAAGGAAAGUGGAUACAAGCCACUUAGACUAAUAACAGAAAUUCUUCCAUCAACAUUGGCGAUAAGCUCACGAAUAGAUCCAAUUUGGGGGACGAUUGCAUUUCUAUGUCUAUUUUUAUUCGGAAUCGGUCAAUUAUGUGUCAUGUGGAAGUCAAUUAGUGGUGCAAUUGGAAAUUCAACAUCAGCAAUUUUAUUAAGUUGCGUAACUGGAUUGUUUCUAGGCGUUCCACUAACCACAGAUAACGGAAUAAUCAUUAUGCACUUUUUGGAUAACAUCUUUGGUGGUUCAUGGUUUAUUCCCAUUUUAUGGACAUCAUAUUUACUGGCUAUCUUUAUGGUUCGAGGAAGGCCUUACUCGUCUGAUCUCUUGGUGAAGGAAUUAAGAUUGACUGAAACACUUUCAGCAUUCAUGGCAUUUUCUUGGAAUGUUUUACUUCCUGUUGGAUUCUUAUUGCUCUCCGUAAUGGAAUAUAAAAAGAGCCAUUCGAAUGAAUUGUUCCAUCAACGCAACAUAUUAAGUUUGAGCCACAUGUCGAAUUGGCCUUUAUGGGUGAAGCAAGUUGGUGGCUUACUGCAAGUAUCGCUGUUAAUUCUACUACCAUGUGUUGCAUUAGUCCAAAUUUACAUUUAUUUGAGUCGCGGACCUAAAGAUGUUUUGGAAAGAAUAGAAAGACUUUUCCGUCCACCACUUGACACAAGUGAUACAAAUUCAUUGUCGCACAUGCCAAUCAGACGAAUAUGUCAACCCAACUUAGCUCAAUCAAAUCCAAUAUCGACUACUCUUAAUGAAAAUAAUAACAACAAUAAUUUGGUAACGGAUGAUCCACCAAAAUAUUCACCUCCACCAAGUUAUGGAAAAGCUAUGGGACUUAGAGUCGCUAAAGUAUUAAGAAACAGUAUACGAAGAAGUGUAAGACGAUUAAGAAGAAGUGAUAAUACUGUAGCCGGAACAACAAUCAUACCUACAAUAUCGUCAAACGUAGAAUCUCGCCCACAAAGUCAACCCACGACAUCCCGUCCAACAAUACUUGGGCAAAACUUUAAUGAAUUUAUUAGAUCUUCAUUAAGAAGAAUAAAUCGAAGUUCACAAUCAACAGAACAAUUAGUAUUAUCGGAUAUCUCAGCUACAUCAACAAAUUUACAUAUUGUAUAGAAAUUAUAGCUUGUAUAUUUAUUUAUUGUGAAAUUCUAUAUUUAAACUCGUG